CAAUCGCUCAAGCCAUUUACUGUCUUGCCAUCAUUUCCAACCAUAGUUGAUUAGUGCAUUCACCAUGUUUAAUGGCCCAUGGACGCCUUGAGUCACUUGCCACUCGCGCCACAUAUUGAUGAACUGUUGAAGGACUUGUUGUGCCAAGGCCUAGGCUGGGCCAGGACCACUUCCAUGGGGACUACAGAUCCUCAACUUGAAAGGAAUUCGGGGGUAUAGAAUUGAGGCUGAGCGCACUUAGACUAUGCUUGGUUAUGUGUGCCAUGUGAAGCUCGCAUGUAGACUUGAUAUGAUCCGUAGUUUGAAGUCGUGCGCUUUGCAUUGUUUCAAGCGAACUGGAUCGAGCUUUUAUGUGGGGUAGUCGACUGUACGUGGAGGGCUGGCAAUCGGAGCUCACUUAGGUGUGCAAGGAUUGAGCGCGACAGGGGGGCGUGUUUGCCCUUGUCUGUGAGUUCAGGUCAGGGCAGGUCAACGCGCAUCGCUUGGCCCAGGGGUCUUCGCUGGAGAUGCAGAUGUCGCACUCAUGCAACAUGAUGGAGCGCAUUGUUAGUCCUGAUUAUUGCAGGCUGUUGUACAUACGCCUCUACCGACAUUCUUCGUCUAAGAUGCUUUGCCAUCGGACGGGGGACUCUGAACAUGUCGCAUCAGCUCUGGAGAGGCAGUGUAUAAGUAGCUGAUUGAUCGAGAGCGUUGUGGCUCAGGCGUUGGUUUCUGCUUUGUCCAGCCUUUGUUCCAAUCAAGCUUUGAAAUAGUGUCUUCCCACGUCGGGGCCUCAUGGGGGACGUUGGGAGCUUUAAGCCCUUCAACGCCUACAUCGUCGAGGCUUGCAGGACGGCUGCGGGCAAGAAGAAGGGCAGCCUCUCUGGGUACCACCCCACCGACCUUGGCGCGGCGGUCUGUGACGCCCUUGUGGAGCGCACGAAGAUAGACGCCUCACUGAUCGAGGACGUCAUCUUCGGCUGCGUCAGCCAGGUGGGUGCACAGGCGGGCAACAUCGGCAGGGGCGUCGUGCUUGCCUGCAAGAGAAUUCCUGAGUCCGUGCCCGGAACGACGAUCGAUCGCCAGUGCGGUUCGGGCCAGCAGGCCAUACACUCAGCUGCCCAGGCCGUCAUGAGUGGCGUGCACGACUGCGUCAUUGCCGGGGGCGUGGAGGUCAUGUCGCAGGUUCCCAUCGGCUCCAACAUCGUCGAUGGCUUCAAGGCCGGGCACGGCAUGCCCAUGUCCGAGUCGGUGCAGGAGAAGUACCGCGAAAGCUUGAAGCAGUUCGAGGAGUUCGACAUCAACCCAACGCAGUUCAGCCAGUUCGGAGGCGCGGAGCUGCUCGCCAAGAAGUACGGCCUCUCCAAGGAGGACCUGGACAGGUUCGGCUCCACAUCGCACCAGCGAGCCCACGCCGCUACGAAGGCAGGCAAAUUCCAGGCCGAGGUCGUCCCAGUGCCGGUCAAGGCGUCCAGCGGAGAGUCGACGGGCAUGCUGACAGAAGACGAAGGCGUGCGCCCUGGCGCCACGUACGAGGCCACGGCCAAGCUGAAGCCUCUGUACAAGAAUGGCGUCAUCUCGCCGGCCAACGCCUCGCAGAUCAGCGACGGUGCCUCCGCGCUCCUCAUCUGCAACGAGCGCGGCCUGGAGCGGCUGGGGCUGAAGCCACGGGCGAGGAUCUGCGCACAGGCGCUGGCCGGAGACGACCCCGUGAUGAUGCUGGAGGGGCCCAUCCCAGCCUCGAAGACCUGCCUGGCGAAGGCGGGGCUCGCGAUCAAGGACAUCGACCUGUACGAGGUCAACGAAGCGUUCGCGCCCGUGCCGCUCGCGUGGUGCAAAGCGCUGGGCGCCGACUUCGAGAGGCUCAACGUCAACGGGGGCGCAAUGGCCCUCGGCCACCCUCUGGGCGCGACCGGCGUCAAGCUGAUGACCACUCUGCUGCACGAGCUGGAGCGCCGGAAGGGCCGGUACUGGAGUCAGCAUCGCCAAACCAAUCCCCAUCCCCAUUGGGCCGUGGCAUCCCGGCCCCACCAGCCCACCCACCCCCCCAGGCGGGGAGUGGUAAUUUCAGCGAAACCCGGAGGACGCAGCGUAUCUCCCCAAUCGGGGGUAAGUCAACCAGUGGGUUCAAGGCGAUGCUAGUGGGGAUGGGGAUCGGUCGAGCGAUGCUCAUAAAGGGAGGAACAUCGACUAGACGUAACAGUGACCCUCCGCUGGAGUGGCCUGUGGUGCGGGACCCAACGGGGUCCCCCGAUCGCGAAGUGCGAAGCGGUGGCGGCGGCUUGCGCACCUGUCUUUGGCCCCCUCGCGCUCCCCCUCAGGUAAAGCUGCGCACCAAAGGCCAUUCUUGCCCAGGGUGACGAUGCUCGUAAACCAGCUGCGAGCUCCCAAAUCGGCGGCGAGCCCAGAGGGGAACAGAGAAGGGGCGGGCGUUCUCAGAAGGCUCGCAAGUCCCCCCUGCCUUUCUGAGAAGUUGUCUGAACCUGCCCCGCAGACACAGGAAGCCUCUCAGAAUGCGCGAGGGCUUCUGAGAAGGCCUGCCGCC